UUAACCUGCCACUGAUUUGUUUGCAUAACGAACACUUACUAAUUUGUGACAAUCUUACUUUAUUUUCUUGCUAAUCCAUACAGUACAUGCAGCCUGACGUGCUAACUAUCAGCUUAUGUCAGUUUGCUUAUGCAAAACUUCCCUGCUGCGUUUACUGACCGUAAAAGAAAAUGGAAUAAAUGCCUCUACCUCCAGCAGAGGAUUAAAUCACACACCUCCUCCUCCACAUACCUGAUCGUCUGAACAGGCAGAUGGACCGGUUGAGCCUCCUAUCUAGGGAAGACUUGAGAUUACACAGGCGAGCACAGCAACUGCCUGUAACACCUGACCAUGGUAUCUGUUCCAAAUAUUUAUGAUACUUUAAUGACACAGUAAAAGAUCUGGAAUAGGAUGAAUACAUUCAGACUGACUGCUGAGGUGCAGAUUGUAGAGAUCACAGCCUUUUAAAACACCUUCAGUGGCAUCAGUGUUUUGUCGCAUAUUACAGAUUUUUUUUCUUCUCCAAUCUGGAGUUCAUUCGUGAUGACGUAUUGACUCAACGAUGUGUGACCGUUCGGCGGUGACGUCACGGUCCCGUGCAACAGGACGGUCUCGAUCCUCCGCCCCGUUAAAUCCACCUGUUGCACCUGCAGCCGCACCGACACACCGAGAGGUUGGAACAGAGCAGCAUGGGAGGUGUUUAUUCUCUGGAGAGGAUGGCAGGAGUUUUCUCCUAUGAGAGCUCAGAAAUCGACUGGUGUGAAGACAACUACAAACACUCCGAGCAUGUGGUCGAGUACUUCAACACUAUGAGCAGCUUUGUCUUCUUCAUCAUAUCUCCCAUCAUGCUCUACCUUCUGCACCCUUAUGCCAAAGAGAGGAACCUGGCCAUCCACCUGGUCUGGAUCAUGAUGAUUUUUGUAGGGCUUUUCUCAGCGUACUUCCACAUGACUCUUAGCUUCGUAGGCCAGAUGUUGGAUGAGCUGUCCAUCCUGUGGGUGUUGGCAGUUGGAUAUGCUGUCUGGUUCCCUCGCAAACUCUUCCCUUCGUUUAUAAAAGACAGGUCCACGUUUUCAAGGCUCGUCUUGGUGAUCACCAUCAUCAGCUCGGUGUCAUCCUUCGUCAAACCCACGGUCAACGCCUACGCUUUAAACUGCUUCGGCCUCCAUCUGCUUUACACUCUGUUUCUGGAGAUGAGAUGCUGCACUGACCAGAAGGUUCUGCGUCUCGCCAAGCUGUCGGUUGCUCUGUGGGGGCUCGCCAUCUCCUGCUGGCUUAGUGACCGUUUUGGCUGCAGUUUCUGGCAGCAGCUGAACUUCUGCUACCUCCACGGUAUCUGGCACAUACUGAUUGUGGUAGCUGUGGCCUAUGGCAGCACUCUGAUAGCUUACCUGGAUGCCAACUACGAGAUACCGUACUCGCUGCCUGGACUGCAGUACUGGCCCUGUGAUAAAUGGGCUGUUGGAUUACCUCACAUUGUCCUGAAAGGCACUACCAAGACUCUCAAACGGUGCUAGCAAAGUUAACAAGAGACUUGAUCCUAGCAGAGCGUUUCUGCUGGUUCACUCAGCUACUGGAGUUUGUGAAGGGCAAGUCACCAAAAUGAUCUUAUCAGCUCACAUAUCUCACUUUACAAACUGAAUCUGUGAUCCAAAAGUACGUCCCCAUCACCAAAACUCAAAUCACAGCAGUCUAAAAUCAACACUCAGACCAACACCCGACAAAACAAAAUCUAACAUGCUGGUUUUCUGAUCCUACAACAGGUUAUAUCUAAACCAUGGAUGACUUACAUAUGUUUACAUUUGCUUUGUUUUAAACAGAACGAUGCAAUGAGGAUCCUCCUGAUAAGAACAGGUGGGAGAUGCAAUAGUUAGAUUUAGUUAGAUUUGGGGUAAAUGGUGGAUGCUUUCAGCCAGGAAGGAGGCAAUAAUUUCUGCAUUUCAAUAUUUAUAGUGUUGUUCACAUAAAAAGGGACAGAAAUAUUUGUGUCAGUAAUGACAAAUGAGAGUUUACGACAGAUCUGUGAGUCCUUUAGCUUGGUUAAAGUAGAGAUGGCGCACAGGGUUUUAAUGAGAUGAUCAGUGUACAAAUACAAAUGCAUACAUAAGUAUGUUAACAGAACUGUGAAAGUUCAAUCUACUGUUUAAAUACCUUUGGAGGGCACUUUGUAAAUGUCUACACAUAUUUAUAUAUGUAUACAGUUAAAUCCAUGUGCACGUACCACAUGGAUCAAGAGAUUCUUAAUUAGAAAACACAAAAAUCUGAAGCUGACACAUUAAGCACCGAAUGGGUUUAUUGGGGCUCUUUGUGUUAUAAUUCAACCUUGUAGUAUGCCAACACUGAAGUAGACUCACAGCUAAAACAAACUAAUUUCUUUAACCUAAACAUCCCACUUGAAACACAGUAGUAGUAGUAUAUGCAUACAUGGCCACAUUGAUGUUUUUUUUAUCCAUUAGGUUCAUACUUCACACAGUGGCAAAGAAGGAGCAUUAGAAAAUAUUACACUAAUGUAUAUAUUUAUGCUUAGUUUGUCUUUUCAAGACACAAUUAAGUAUUUUUGUUAACUUUUAACUACAUUUUUAUGGGAAAACCUAUUUAAUUAUUUUGAUUUAAACAAUUACAAUAAAAUAAGUACUGUUAGAAACCAAGACAGAUGACUGCUCAUAGAUAAAGUUGACUGAUUUUGAACUUCUGUGGAAGUGUGCAAAAUGAAGUGUGCAUUCACUGACAGACAUUUCUCAGGUUCUAAGAUGAUGACACCAAAUGUUAAGAGUUUGCAGAUACUGAAUGGUUUUAUAAAAUGUGUGCAGAUCUCUGAAUGACUGACAAAAUGAAAGAAAUUGUGUUGUUUAAGAGUUUGGAUGAUGUAAGUGUUCUUUGUAUAAAUCUGAUGCUGUUGUGUUUUUUUAAGGCUAUGAAUGCACUUUUGUUUCAAAAUGUAUUGACAUACUGUACGUUUUCUUACAAUGACACGAUUAUUUUCCUGUUCCUGCUGUUUUUCUGCAGUGGAAUGUUUCUUGGAAUGAAGCACUACAGAGAAAUAUGUUUACAUAUGGUUUCAAAAUAUGCACUCUGUCCUCAGGGCCGGUAUGAACUGAACUGAGUUUCACCUCAGGUUAAACUAGUACUAACACUGACAUUUCAGUAGCAUAUCUAUCAGGUAUUUUUUCUGGUCUGUUUUUCUGGGAAAGUAGUGUUGAUGCAUUCCGGACCUUUGAAAUAUGACUCUAGAGUUCAUCUGAAUGACCGACCAACCAACAAUCCCAAAUCUACUUCUUUUGUAUGGCUGACCAUAAUUCACCAAAGUGACCUUUUUGCUGAAUUUGGUGAUGUUUUGAGAAUAUUCAGGGACGUUGUACCUCCAUUCACAUGAUCUUUCCCAAAGAACACAAUGGAUACAACAAUAGAUCCUUUACGCAAAAUGCACAGGUGUUCAACAGUGACCUCCUGUGGGUGAAGAGACACUUAACAGUCCAUUAUCUCCUGACAGAACUGGCGUUUUCCCUCCUUUAGCUCCAGAUCUAUGGCAAUCAGGAUUUAAAGGACAACACAAAAUAUGUAUAUAUGUUUGAUUCAGUACAUUACGGUUACUUUUUAAAACUCUAUUUGGUGAAAUACUGGAUUCCUCCCCUGUUUUGGACCAAUAAAAUCCGUCGAAUGGAA